AAUUUUUAGUAAGAUAUGUUGAAGGAUUUUAACUAAUAUAUAAUCGUAUAGAAGUGUUUAAAUAACUGUUUAUCUGCUGUCCUAUUUUGCUUUCACAUCUAAUAUCAGCCAAAAUUCUUUUAGAUAUCGUUUCUAGCAUGUACAGUGAAAAAUUUAUUUCACAUCGCUAUAAAACUUGUUAAAAAGAGAAUCAGAGUACAGCGCAGUUUUCAACGUACUCCGCAAAUGAAAUUCGCAUCGACCCAAUACCUUCUAGUAUAGUUUAUCGAACGCGUUAAUUAACUUAUGAUACCUGAGUAUAGAUAAGCCGACUAAUGACGCAACAUGUGCUGCGUUUGUGCAAGGUAUCGUUAGAGAACGACUAAUCACGUCAUUCUCAAAAUCUUCCGAAUGAAAUUUCGCGAGAUAUUCUAACGACAAUGACACGAAGCAUCCUCGUACCUGUCGCACCAGCGAAACAACUUCGAUCCCAUUUUUAUCGCAGCAGAAAUGCAACAUUUGCUUCGCUUCGAGAGUUUGCUGGCUAACCGCGAAGAAUUGUGGGAACAUUGGCGAAGUAAAAGUAAAGCAGCUACGAGUCGCGUUUCGCAAGUCGGAAAUUCGUACGGUGGUUGGUCUGACGUAACCCGUUACGAACCGUUGCGCGUUCAAUGGUCCAUAUUGCGCGUUACUUCUCAAACAGAAUAAACAUCGUCUCCGAUGAUUUAGCUAUGCGUCGAAGUAUCUUUCUAAGAGUUUCUUCGUUAUAUAUCAGAGGAAGUGGAGACUGAUAGGAAAGUGAAAGACAUAAUAUCAGUUUGGUUGAACAAAAAGUCACGAUCAUUGGCUUGUGCUUCCGCGUUUCUUGCAGUUAUUAAUAAAAGCUCGUUCUCUGUACACGACGGGGCGACUGCGAGCCGCCUCUUCUUCGGCAACGGGACGAUCUCACGGCCUGUAAUCAGUCGGCGGAUCUCCCAAGAGCUAAUUAGAAACUUACGGAGAAGAGGUUUCUGUCAGCAACGUUGUUCAAGUCAGCGGAAGAAGCCUUUUCCUCUGGUAACGAUAACAGAUCGUUAUGCGCACAUACGCUCCUGCUUUUCGUCUACAAUUUCAUCCGUUCGAGUUAGGUGCAAUUACUCUUAACUGCUUUGAACGAACGUUCGCAGUCAGUAGAGGUAGAACAGUCGAAUAUAGGAUAUAUUUGAUGAAUUCUCGUAAUUCGAAUACAGAGUAUCUGUGAACGAAUUAUAGACAUCGGAGCCGAAAGUAGGUUCUUUAAAAGAGGAACAGCUUUACUGCCAAAACAUUGGAGCCAGGUGCGCGUUUUCGCGCUGCGUAUCGUGACACGAAGUUGCAUGACGCCACGUCGUUAGCCAGGUAUUCGUAAAUGCAGCAAGUCCUUGGUAAAGUCUUGAAUCGAUUGCUUUCCAUCGAAGCGAUAAGAAAAAAUAAAUAGCCGGUAGCAAAAUAAAUCGAUUCGAUACGAUUACUUUGAAGCCUAAAAAGCGAGAGACGCAAGGGAAGACUUUGAUAUGGCGGAACGGCGGCGAAGGCCAACGAAAAAAAGUGCACCGAUGCAGCAUACCGUAACGAUCGUGUCUGUUAUUGUCGAUUGCAUCGUGGAACGCGCACGUGCCAGCACCAAGUGCAACGUAAAUAGCUUCCGCGAUGUGUCUUGCGGCAAACCGCAAGAAGAAAGAAAUUCUAUCGUUGAAAUUGUCAACUAACAGCGCGCAAAUCUUUCGAUACUUUUUCCUAAGUUUCUUCGAUAGUUUUAAAGGUGUAGCCUGCAACGUUCCCGCUUCGUUAUUUCCGCUUUGAAACAGGCUGACGCUGUUGUGGAUGGAGCUUAAUACUCGAGAAGAAAACGGAGUAAGAAGGGAACAGCGAAGAGAACGCGAAGCAAUUACUUUGCCCCACCGUUUAAAUCGUUCGAGGAGUUUCGUUAUUACCUUUUUUGCGAGCAUUAAAGUCGGUCGCCUCGAUGGGCGCAUAUAGAGAGAGAGUUUCACUUUUCCCACGAUUAUCUGUCAUCCAAUGAUUUCAGUCUAUCGGUUUUUUCCUCAAUUAUUGGCAGUUGCACCAGCGGCGAUUAGUACAUACUCGUAUAAGUGCAAGUGAUCGUUUCAACCCUGAAAUCAGUCACGCAACAUUUACUAUAGUAUUCUGUAGUUCGAUCGGGUAUCGAAAGUCCAGCGAUAAAUUUCGGUUCGCCGAGACUAGUACGGUUAUGAAAGAAGAAAAAUGUUGAGUAUAUGGCUGGGCGAUCCAGAGGUAUAUUUCCGCGGAAGGAAAAGUCUGGAUGCAGCGACAAAGAUUUUCGGUGUCAGACUAAUGGAGCACGCCGAUCUGCCUAAUCUCGAGCAACUCAUACGUCCGGAGACGUAUGAAAUUUUUGGAGACGUGGACCUCGAACGCAUCUUCGAGGCGAGUUGUCUAUCGAUGGUGCAGUGUAACGAAAAGUGUGAAAUCGUUUCAGGCAUAUGCCUUUGCAAUUAUCCGAACGUGCCAUCGGUGACUCCAGAUGAUUGGCUGACUUGGUUGUACAGAUUGUAUAAGAUCGAAGAUGUGACAGAAGGAAACGCGAUGUUUAUACAUAUCCUCGUCUGGGACAAACGAUAUACUGGCAACUUCUUCGCAGACCUACUGACAGGACUCUUCGAUAUUACGUCGUGUUUGCAACACGUGAUUCUCGUGGUUCCUCCUCAGAUUAUUAUACCUGCUGCAGACGUGUUCGAACGGCAGAUGAUCAGGAUCCCGCAAUACUGUGCCGACAAGCCGUCCGUGCAGUCAAUCUACAUAACCGAACGUCAUCUAAAAAAUCCCAGGCUCAAGAUUCGACGUGCUGUAGAAGAGGAUAACGACGACAUAGUAGCGAUCAUCGACGCGGAGUCGAGCCUCGUAAAAGAAUUUUAUGGAGAAUUUUACGUCAGCGAGAUGAUUCGCAAUCCUGACAACUGUCGACGACUGAUCGUUUCCGAGGAUGACGAUGGUUUUGCUACUGGCGUAAUGUUUCUCAAUAGCAACGUAGAUGUAGAUACACUCAAUCAGAAUUUCGAACUGCGACCGUACAAUGGUCUUAGAAAGAUCCAUGAAAACGACAAAUUUCUCCGACAAAGCAUGCAGCCUGCCAGCAAGACGUUCUUCUCUAUAUUUUGGAGAAAGUCUCUCGAGGAAUCAACGAAAGAGUUAGUAUUUUUUAUUAUACUUCGCCGUGGGACAUAUCGAAUUUGUAACUUAUUCUUUCUGACGACUAAUUCUGAAGGAAAUCUAUUUGUCUUGAGUAGAUUUAUCUGCCAGAUGCAUUUAUGUCAGACAUAUUCACACCGCAUUAGAUUCUCCGAGGGACUUUCACCGGAAGAGAGCAUGGAAAGCGUCGAGGACACAGACUCUAGAAUUUCUGUAGCUUUCAACGAUGAAGCGACGAAACUGAUACCACCUACGAGAAAACUGUUCGAUUCAUCGAUAAUGACCUUCAGCAGUGAUCUGCAAUCGAUAGCCGAUUACUUCGACACGUAUUAUCGAUCAAAAUUGAUGACCAACGCGUUCACAGACUCAUUAUUUACGAUACCACGUGAGUUCCCAACGAAUUUCGACUUCUUGUUCGAUUUUUAUUUAAGAGGAACAAAAUCAAUUGCGACAUUUUUUUGCAACAAAGGAAGAUCUAUCGUUACCUUCGGUGAAUCUUUCGGAGACCCAGUAUUUGACAAGAUCGAUGUCCCUUUGCAGCCUGUUUAUCACGGCGAUGUUAACGCAUUCGUUUUGGAAAUUUUCGCGAUGAAAGAUGAAAUAAAACGUCGCUGGAGUAGGAACUUCAUGGAGGCCGCGUUCGAGUGUUUUCCCGACUUGGAUUAUUGCGUGAUCCUUCUGCCUUUCUCUCAUCCUUAUUUUCCUCUCCUCCAACAUUUCGUGCGUGUGCCACUGAAGUGCAACAAGGAUUAUCCGAUGACGCUAUACGUAAUGCAUCGUACUGCUCUUCUGGGUCACAUAAAGCUUCGAGAAGCUAAACUUUCCGAUAGAGACGACAUACAAGAACUUCUACAGAAUAUUCCAAAAGCGGAACAAGUUUUAAUAGACUUUGACAUCGCGAUGGACAAACAACCGUCGGAGAUGCAGUGUUAUGUCUGUCAAUGGAAGGACAGGAUAGUCGGUGUAGCAAUACUUUGUGUCGAGAAAGAAGUCACGUAUAUUAGACGACGUUAUCACAUAGAAGAUUACAUCGCAGAGAAAAAUAUACCUGGCGAUGCUUAUGGACGUAUUCUACAUUUCAUACUGAUGCCAGUUUUCUCCAUUCAUCUGCCCUUCUUCUUCUGCGAGAUCGCUCGUUUUAGUGGCAUGAUCGUUCUUUAUUAUCGACUUACAGAAACAGCGUUAAGUGCAUUGGUAAAAUUCGACGAUAAAAUUACAUUUCCCCUCGAAAGUCUUAGGACACGUCCUACUUUUAAUAAAAUUUUGGUCAAACUUACUCGUACGCAUCCUCUGACGAUAUGCUUGAACACUAUGGCUCCCGUGAGGCCUCGUCGAAGAAUCGAAUACAAGUAUCAUGGUUUCGAGGAAACUGACGAGCCUAUGAAACGAACUGAAUGUUUUUCGCUUUUCAUGACGUCACCAAGGAUCGCAUUGAUACCAAAACCGAUCAUCGAUUCGAGGGUGGUUGUGGUGGGCGCCUCGGAUUGUGCCGUUGCAUUCUUAGAACAUCUUAUUUUUGGACAAAGCUUCAUACGAUUCACGAAUAUCACUCUGAUAUCGCCACACGGCUUACCUUUCGAGGACGAAGACGAAACGUGCGCGCAUUUGCUACCCUUCAAAGGCCGAUAUUGUCCGAGGUAUCGUCGGCUGAUUGGGGCACGUUAUCGAAUUAGUAUUGUAUAUGGAACAGUGACGUCGAUUCAAAGGUAUGGAAAAACAGAGAGGAAAACUUUCAUAAACAUUCACGAUCUACAUUACAGUGUUAAUGAAAUUUCUUCAAAUGUUUUCUAUAAUGACACAAAUAUUCCCGUGACCGAUUGUAUUGUGCCUAACAGGAAAGAGAAAUACGUAACUGUGAUGAAUCAAGGAAACAUUACAUACGAUUAUCUCAUCUUAACCUGUGGAAUGCAGUAUCAGCGUCCUCAAUUUCAAGAUGAAUUGGACGAGCAGAAAAAAGGAGAAUUUUUGCAGCACGAAACACCUUGGAACUGUUUGACGCUCAAUGACGAUACAGAAGCGGCUAUCUGUUUAGAGAAGAUCGAAGAGUUGACGAAUAAAUUGGAACGCGAAAGGAAGAUUAUUUUUUAUGGACACAACAUCGAUUGUUAUUGCGCCCUUCAAGGAUUGCUCGAAUUUGGAGUUAAGGGUUCUUGGAUCACACUGAUCCAACCGCCAUUGCAAAAGUGUACAUCCUACGAAAAUAUCUUCUUCGAUGAUUGCGAAGUACAAAAAGCACGCGAAUUAGAUUUGUCUUUCUUUAAUCGUUCCAACGACACUCUUCGACUGCACUGUACAACACUGAGCAACUAUUCUGUUGCUGAUAUACAAUAUUUAUACGUUUACGUGUACGCAGAAGUGAUGAAGUCGAUUUCGAAGAAUAAUAUCGAGGUGCUCGUGGGUUGGGAAUUGAUCGAUUGGCACGUAAAAAGUUUGCCACAAGGAAAAAUGAUAGAAGCGAUCGUUAUCCGGCUGAGAGUCUGUUCACGACCGCUAACUAUGAUUCACCAAUGCGUUCGAUCCUUUUCAGCGAUCUGUAGGUCUGGACUCAUGUUCGACGGCCAGUUGGUCAUAGACACGGAAUUAAGGACAAACGAUCCAUCGAUCUUUGCUGCUGGUAGCAUAACUAAGUAUUGUAGAAGAUUCUACCUCGAAGCCUGGCAACAUAUAUACUUUAAUAGUAUAGAGAUCGGCGAGAAAGUUAGUAGACCAAAACGUCCUUGCACGAUUCAUAAAUAUUGCGGUUUAUUGGCUACAAACUUUUCUUUUAUGAUCUUACGAGUUCUAAUGAAAGUUAAUAUUUCAAAACAGACAAAUAUGCAGGUAACUGUAACUUUUUCUUCGCUAGCGAAGAUUCUUCGAUCGGUCAUCGAAAAUGAACAUCGAGGCAGCGAGACAUCGGUCGUACAGUUGAAAAGCAAGGAAGAUCAGCCGAUAGUCGUGUUUCGAUCACCGAAAAUCGUGGCCUGUACUUUACCCGGUGGUUAUCGCUACCUUCACGUCGGCAAGUCUGGAAAAUCCAUGUUACGCAAACCUACGAUUCAUUACAACGUUUACGUGAGUUUUCAUUGUGGUUUCGCUACGUUCUGCGAGGAAAUUCGUUUAAGCGAUCGUAUUUAGGGUCAAGUGCUGAUAACAGGCUCGUGUACAUCAGAAAUUGGCUACUUCCGCAUACAACUGAAUCGGUUUGACAUGAUAGAAACAGUAACGUGUUUCAACAAGAAGGAUUUCGAAGUGCGUCAUAUGGUCGCGUUAUACGGAAAGCACGAGAGCUUACUGAACGAGCUUAAAACACGUUUCGAAAAGUCGUUGAUCUCGGACUUUUACGCGUACUUCCGGGAACCAUGGGCCAUGGCGAUCUUCUACGAUAGAUUCGAGUGUCUUCGAGUGGAGAACCGUGCUACGCUCUUGUCGAAAACGGCAAUUCCUGGACAAUCAUUAGUUGACGAUUGCGUGCGUGCAUUAGUACAAUCCAACUGGAAUGCGAUACAAGACGACGAUCGUCAGACCAUCGAAUCGAGAUUCGCUGGCUCGGUGUAUCAGCAGGAAAUAGAGGAAAAUUUGCUAGAUCUGCUACAGUUUUCCGAAGAAGACUUGCCUGUUUACUGCACUCCUGGAAAAUUCCGUGAAUUAUACGCGGACAUUGAAAACAGUCCAUUGUACACUGAUUUGUAACUAAAGAGACUCGUAAAGAUAUUUGAACAGAUAUAGAAACCUUCUAUAAAUAUAUUAUCUGCAUUGCACAAAACA